GUCGAGCCGUCUUGCCCUCGCUGCGUGACAUUAUGGCAGCCAGAACGACAAGGUCAUUCCUGUCAUCUUGUCUUAUGAGCCUGCAAGGUCCGACAGAUUCGGGCCAAUGCCGUCCAUGCAAUUCCACUUCUUGAACAUCGCCGGUUCCCACAUCGCCAAGGAUCGCAACCCACCAUCUCCACGCGAAGCUGGGCCCCGGGUGGCCAGCCAUCCCAUCUCUUCCCUUCUUGGGACGACUUGUCCGCCGCCGGUCGGGAGAUAAGAAAUUUUUUAUCGGUUUUUUUAGCCGUUCCUUUGGGAUUUUCGGCUUCCCACACGCGCGGACUGGUCCCCGGUCGGGCUAGCAUGCGCCUAGGGUUCCCCAUCUGGUAACGUACACUAGAUAUGUACCUCACAAUCUUUUGCUCUUCUGAUUUAUAAAGAUGGGCCGCCUACCUCUAGGCCUCGGUCGACUCUUAAGGAUUUCUCCUUCCUUCACCAAUGCUCUUGCGUCCCUCGCUAGGGUUUGGUGAAAGCUUCGGCAACCGCUCAAUGCAAACGUGCUUUGCGCGCCGUCAAUAACAACAUCGAACAAACCUUUCACGUCGACCGUCCUCCACUCAACACAACGAUCUUCAGUCAGUCAAGGGAUCCGACCAAGAUAAUCCCCUCUCCGCCAACUCGGUCACUCAUUGGUCCAAGCUACAAACACUCACGAAUCGUCCGUGCUCUCUCUCGGUUGAUCGUCUCCCAUCGUCCCGUCGACCUUCAGCAUCACCCGAUUUUCGAGAUUCCGCGGCUCGCUGCACCGCAUUGCAAAAAUGGGGAAAGUGGGUGAUUGGGUUGACACUGUCAACCGCAAGGUUGCCGCCAGCAAGGUUGGAUAUUGGUUCAAGCUGGAUGGCUCUGGACAUGUGAGCGCCGUUUUUGGGAAAUGAGUGGCCGCCUGCCUCUUUGCUAAAACGUCGCCAACAGCCCAAAGAAAGGAAGGGGUCCUACUUCUUUACCGAGAUGCGUGCUGGUCUCGCGACCUUCUUCGCCAUGUCGUACAUCAUUGCCGUCAAUUCAAGCGUCGUUUCUGACACUGGAGGAACCUGCGUAUGCACGGCAGAUCCUAACGUGGAUAGGUGGUGUAUCGAUGACCCGACCUAUGCUAUCUGCAAGGCCGAGGUCAAGAGAGAUCUCAUCACCGCCACCGCUGCCAUUGCUGCUUUCGCUACUUUCUUCAUGGGUCUUCUUGCCAACUUGCCUAUCGGCCUUGCGCCUGGCAUGGGUUUGAACGCCUACUUUGCCUACACCGUCGUCGGCUUUCACGGCCAGGGUCUUGUGCCCUACCAGGUUGCCGUUACUGCCAUCUUCGUCGAAGGCUGGGUCUUCUUCGGUCUUGCGCUGCUUGGUAUGCGUCAGUGGCUAGCUCGGGUUAUUCCCCGGUCCAUCAAGCUGGCGACCAGCGUCGGUAUCGGUUUCUUCCUGACCCUUAUUGGUAUGACCUACUCUGAGGGUAUUGGUCUUGUGGUUGGCGAUACCUCGGUGCCCCUCGACCUUGCUGGUUGCCAUCCCUCCUCUCGCGACAGUGUCACAGGUGCCUGCCCUGACAGCGACAAGAUGCGCAACCCUACCAUGUGGAUCGGCAUCUUCUGCGGCGGUGUUCUCACAACCGUGCUCAUGAUGUACCGCGUCAAGGGUGCCAUUAUCGCCGGUAUCAUUCUCAUUUCCAUUAUCUCGUGGCCCCGCACCACCGAGGUCACCUAUUUCCCCUACACCGCUGUUGGCGACGAUGCUUUCGAUUUCUUCAAAAAGGUUGUCGACUUCCAUCAGAUCAAGCACGUCCUCAACGUUCAGCAGUGGGACAUUUCGGGACACGGCGGACAGUUCGGUUUGGCACUCAUCACCUUCCUCUACGUCGACAUUCUCGAUACCACCGGUACCAUGUAUGCCAUGGCUCGCUAUGCCAGCCUUGUUGAUGAGGAGACUGGUGACUUUGAGGGUUCCACCAUUGCUUACAUGGUCGACUCCGUUAGUAUUGCCAUUGGUGCUAUUCUGGGUACUCCCCCCGUCACUGCCUUCGUCGAGUCCGGUGCCGGUAUCGGUGAGGGUGGCAAGACGGGCCUCACAGCCAUGGCGACUGGCGUGUGCUUCUUCAUCGCCAUCUUCUUCGCCCCCAUCUUCGCUUCGAUUCCCCCGUGGGCCACCGGCUGCGUCCUUAUCUUGGUCGGCUCCAUGAUGGUCCGUGCUGUGACGGAUAUCAACUGGAAGUACAUGGGCGACGCCAUUCCAGCCUUUGUUUGCAUUGCCCUGAUGGCCUUCACCUACUCCAUCGCCAACGGCCUGAUUGGCGGUAUCUGCUUGUACAUGCUCUUGAACGUCCUCGUCUGGAUCAUUGAGAAGGUGUCUGGUGGUCGCAUUGUGCCCCAGAACAAGGAGUUCAAGGACCCAUGGGUGCCCGACUUUGGCAGCAUUAUCCCCAUGUGGAUGGUCAACGUUGCCAAGGGCAGGGCUCCCUGGAAGAUGGAUGAGCCGGUCAGAUCGAUCGAAGGAACCACUGGGCCGGAGCCGGUGCUGGUUGGAGAGAAGGGCGAGAAGGGUGACAGCUCUGCCGGAUCGAGGCCAGAUUCCGCGACUGAGGUCCCAGCUGAGCUCGUCAACGAAAAGGGCGCCCAUCAUUGAUGAUGAAUAACAUGAAAACAUGAAUGAUUUGGAUUGUUUUUUAAAAAAAUUAUGGGAUACAUUCAGGAUAUGAAGGGUCGUGAUGAGGGCGGGCGUUUGUAAUAGUUCAUAGAUAAGGAGUUGUAAGAUAAUGGCUGGCGGAAAAUGAUGCACCAUGACUGUAUGGUUGAAGAUACCAAAGAUACCUAAUAAACAAUUCAAUAAACACCUGGGUCUUGAG